AUGUUUAGAGUAUUGAAUGCCUUUAGAGGCACCCAAGAGACUUUAUCUCAAGAAGAGAAAACUAAGAUUAUUUUGAAACAAGCUCAAGAUUUCGAAUUAGCUCUAAGGGCUAUGGAUUAUGUCCUAGACGAUAAAGCUGAGCAAGGUCUUGCUUUAUUGAAUGAAAGUGACAAAGCAGACGGUCCUGAUCAAACGAUCAAUGUAUUGGCUCGAGGUGUUAUUGAAUUUUUAGAGGCUACUUUAAGUUUUGAACCUGAAGAGAUGAAGAUUGCUUCUGCCACCUUGGCUCGAGCAGAACAAUUGUCUUUGAAGAGUAAACAAAGAGCUGAGAAGGAUCAGAUCAAGAGUAGUUCCCUGUAUCCUCCUGGAACAGUAUAUGCUGUUACUUAUACAGAAUCUUGUUUAUUGCAUGCUUUGUUAAUGUUAUUUAGUGAGAGUAUGAUGGAAGCAGCAAAAGCUGUACUUAAAUUGAGAAAGGCAUACCAUACUUUACAAGACAUAUUACAACAGAUAAAAAAUGCCAACAAACAGAAAAAAAGUUUAAAGAAUAAAUUCAGAAAGAUGAAGAUGGAAGAUGUCAAUAAAACAACAGAAUCAAUCGAAUCGUCAUCUGCAAGUUUUAUCUCCAGUGAUUCUAAAAUGUUUGCAUCAGUCGAUAUUCCAUACGAUUUAACCCCAGAAGAACAAAAGGAUAAAGAUCUGUUAGAUUAUGCUGAAAAAAUCCAUAAAAUGAGAGUUAAAAGGCUGUCAGGUGCGCAUAUAGGUAAUCCUCCUGCUAUUAAUAGAUUGAGAAACGAAUUAGGGAUGGCUACGUUAGAUAAUUUACCAAAAGAGGAUGAUGACUCUAUUUCAACGGAACAUGUCUUUUUAUCCGAUGAUUUAGAUGCUAGUCAGGCUACUAUUGAUGAAUUUGUCCAUUCAGGUGUCAACCUAUGUUUUGGUAUCCUUCAGGUUGUGAUAUCAUUAUUACCACCAGCUAUAGGUGCUGUUCUAUCUGCUAUUGGUUUCCGUGGUUCUCGUGAAGAUGGUUUAAGAUUGAUCUGGAGGGCAACUAAAGAAAGAAACGUGCAUGGUUGUAUUGGUUUACUAGCAUUAAUGUUCUAUUAUGAUGGUCCUUUCCAAUUCACAGACGAUGAUUUUGAUAUUCCUGCGGCAACCAGCACAAAGAAGCGUUCGGACUCUACGACUAGUUCAUUACGUAGACAACCCACAGGUGAGAGUUCAAAUUCUUUAAACAAGACUAUGUCUGCACUAACAAUAGGUAGUGAACUAGAUGAUAAUGAAAUGGACGCACCUACUCUACUUCACCCAGGUAAGAUUUUAGUUAAUGCGUUAUUGCAAUCUAGAGCAUUAUUCCCAAAUAGUGCACUUUGGUUGUUAAAUGAAGCUAGAAUGUUAUCAUCAAGAGGUAAAUUGCGUGAGGCUAUUCAAUUAAUGGAUUCUAUUGACGUCGACAAGAUUCACAUGAGACAAGUUAAGGUUAUGAUGGUAUUUGAUCGUGCUAACACAUUAGUGCAUUUACAUGAAUACGAUAGAGCUGCGGAUGAUUUAUUGAGUCUAUUAGAAUUUAGUGAUUGGUCUCAUGCAUUAUACACCUAUUAUGCAGGUUGUUGUUACUUGGAGUCCUAUAGAAUGUGCAUAUUAGGAUUGAAGGAUUCUUCUAAAGCUGAAGACUAUAAACAGAAAGCUAUAAAAUAUAUUUUCAGUGCACCAGAUCAUUUGGGUAAAAAGACUUUCAAAGCAAAAAAUCUUCCUUUGGAUAGAUUCAUGUUGAGAAAAGUUGAACAAUUUAAAAAUAAGCAAAAAGAAUUAAACCUUGAAGAUCCAUUAGACGCUAUCGCAACAUCUCCUGUACAUGAGCUUGCAUAUUUCUAUAAUGGUUAUAAUAGAAUGAUCCCAGAAGAUUUGGAAAUCGCCAAGAGAAUGUUAACAGAAUAUAAAAAUCCAGCAAUCGAAGCUAUGGAUCCCGAUCAAGAAUUAUUGAGAAAUUUGUUGUUGUCCCUAACAUUAAGAAGAUUAGGUGACAUUGAGGAAGGUUGCAAAUUAAUGGAUUCAGAAGUUUUGACUAAAAUUAUAUCGAUAGAUAACAACGGUGUUUGUACAUAUAUCAAAAAGACAGAAGAUCCAUGGGCCUACCCAGCUGCAUUAUAUGAACGGGCAUUAUUUUGCUGGAAACUAAAUGGUAUGAAGGGUCUUCCUGAAAGUAAACAAUGGUUAGAGAGAGCCACUGGCUAUGCAGAUGACUAUGAACUAAGUUCUCGUAUCGGUAUGAAAAUCAAAGCUGCUCUUGAUAGGGUUGAACACUCUACGUGA